CAAGGCACAAACAUAUAUAUAAAACCACAAGUACCAGGAACGGUCAUGGGGCCGAGACAGGCCUUACUUCUAGUUCAGCCUGUGCUGGCUGUGUUGGUGUUCAUUAUGAGUGUGUGCUGUUUAAACCCAGAUGACCCCAAUGUCUGCAGUCACUGGGAGAGCUAUGCGGUGACGGUGCAAGAGUCAUACGCACAUCCAUUUGACCAAAUCUAUUACACCAGAUGCACAGACAUUCUGAACUGGUUCAAAUGCACCAGACACAGAACAAGCUAUAAAACAGCAUACCGGAGAGGGGUACGUACUAUGUACCGUCGCCGCUCCCAGUGCUGCCCAGGAUACUUCGAGAGUGGAGACUUGUGUGUCCCUCUGUGUACUGAAGAGUGUGCCCAUGGCCGCUGUGUGUCCCCUGAUACGUGUCAGUGUGAGCCAGGCUGGGGAGGACUGGACUGCUCCAGUGGCUGUGAGAGUGGCUACUGGGGCCCUCACUGCAGUAACCGCUGUCAGUGUCAGAAUGGAGCCCUGUGUAACCCCAUCACUGGGGCCUGUGUCUGCACGGAUGGCUAUCAAGGCUGGCGAUGCGAGGACCCCUGUGAGCCUGGCUACUAUGGCAAAGGUUGCCAGCUGCAGUGCCAGUGUCUUAAUGGUGCCACCUGUCAUCACGAAACCGGCGAGUGCAUCUGUGCCCCUGGCUAUAUGGGUGCUGUCUGUGGUGUACGCUGUCCCUCUGGCAGUCAUGGGACCCAGUGUGAGCAGCGCUGCCCCUGCCAGAAUGGUGGAACUUGCCACCACAUCACUGGAGAGUGCUCAUGUCCAGCUGGCUGGACCGGGUCUGUGUGUGCCCAGCCCUGCCCUUUAGGAAAAUUCGGCAUCAACUGCAGCAAGGACUGCUCGUGCCGUAACGGGGGACUGUGUGACCACAUCACUGGACAAUGUCAAUGUAUUGCAGGUUACACUGGCCGCAGGUGCCAGGAGGAGUGCCCUGUUGGUACAUACGGCCAGCAGUGUGCCCUCCACUGCGACUGUCAGAAUGGGGCCAAGUGUUACCACAUCAAUGGUGCCUGUCUGUGUGACACAGGCUUUAAAGGGCCUCAUUGCCAGGAGAGAUUCUGCCCCCCAGGGUUGUAUGGGCUUAUAUGUGACAAAUACUGCCCCUGUAAUGCUACAAAUACUUUGAGCUGUCAUCCUUUGUCAGGGGAAUGCUCCUGUGCAGCUGGGUGGACUGGUUUGUACUGCAAUGAGAUGUGUCCUCCAGGCUACUAUGGUGAGGGCUGCAGUCUGAAGUGCCAAUGUGCUAAUGGAGCAGACUGUCAUGGGGUCACUGGGGCCUGCAUCUGUGCUCCUGGCUUCACUGGAGAUGACUGCUCCCAGACAUGUCCUUCUGGAUUUUAUGGAACUAACUGCUCAUCUACCUGCCACUGCCGUAAUCAAGCAUCCUGUUCUGCCACUGAUGGCUUCUGCAUUUGCAAAGAGGGCUGGCAGGGUGUGGACUGCUCCAUCUUGUGCUCCAGUGGAACCUGGGGUAUUGGCUGUAACCAAACAUGUUUGUGCACAAACAAGGCAGCUUGUGACCCCAUUGAUGGCUCUUGCUCCUGUGCACCAGGCUGGAGGGGCAAGCACUGCCAGCUACCUUGCCCUGAUGGCACCUACGGGAUUGAGUGUCGGGAGCACUGUGACUGUAAUCAUGCCAACGGAUGUGAUCCCGUCAGUGGCUACUGCCUCUGUUUGGCAGGUUGGACUGGUAUCCACUGUGACAAUGUCUGCCCUCAGGGCUUCUGGGGGCCAAACUGCUCUAUGACCUGCUCAUGCCAGAAUGGAGGCUCCUGCUCCCCUGAGGACGGCACCUGUGUGUGCGCUCCGGGCUACCGUGGCACAUCCUGCAAAAGAUUCUGUUCUCCUGGGUUCUAUGGGCAUCGUUGCAGUCAGACAUGCCCCCAGUGUGUGCACAGUACUGGGCCAUGCCAUCAUGUUACAGGCCAGUGUGAAUGCCUGUCUGGAUUUUUUGGCCCACUGUGCAAUGAAGUAUGUCCCAGUGGCAGGUAUGGGAAAGCUUGUGCUGAAGUGUGUCUCUGCAUGAACAAUGGCACGUGCAACCCUAUUGACGGCUCCUGCCAGUGCCUCCCUGGCUGGAUUGGAGAUGACUGCUCACAGGCAUGUCCUAUAGGGCAGUGGGGUCCUGACUGCCUUAACUCAUGCAACUGUCACAACGGAGCCCAGUGUAGUGCUUAUGAUGGAGAGUGCAGGUGCAGCCCUGGCUGGACAGGCCUUUAUUGCACACAGCGCUGCCCAUCGGGCUUCUUUGGGCGUGACUGUGCCGAGGUGUGCCGCUGUCAGAACGGUGCAGAUUGUGAGCACAUCACGGGCCAGUGUACCUGUCGCACAGGCUUCAUUGGUAGCAGCUGUGAGCAAAAGUGUCCUCCUGGGACUUUUGGCUACGGCUGUCAGCAGCUGUGCGAGUGCAUGAACAAUGCUACCUGUGACUACGUGACUGGAACCUGUUACUGCAGUCCUGGGUAUAAAGGAAUUCGCUGUGACCAGGCGGCCCUGAUGAUGGAAGAGCUGAACCCCUACACUAAGAUCAGUCCAGCCCUGAGCUCUGAGCGACAGUCAGCUGGCGCCGUAAUGGGCAUCAUCUUCCUACUCCUGAUCAUCAUGGCCAUGCUCAGCGUGUUCGUGUGGUACAGACAGAGGCAGCGGGAGAAGGGGCAGGACAUGCCGAGUGUAUCCUACACACCUGCCCUUCACAUCACCAACACUGACUACUCACUGUCCGAAACAUCUCAGAGCAGCAGUGGCCAGUGUUUCUCCAAUCCCAGCUAUCACACUGUGGCCCAGUGCAACAUCCCCUCAUCCAACACUAACAAUCUGGAUGGGACUCUAACUCUGAAGAAAGGGGAUAGGAGCAACUCAGAAUGGAGAGCGUACUGCAAUCUGAAUGACCUUGGUGUGUCACGAGAAGAUACACUGAUACUGCAGGACAACAAAACCACUCAAGUUGCUAAAGACUACAUCAAGCCAUCCAUGUGCAGCUCCAGCUCAUGCUCUCUGAACAGUGAGAAUCCAUAUGCCACCAUCCGGGACCCGCCGGGUCUGACUUGCAAGCACACAGAGAGCAGCUAUGUGGAGAUGAAGUCUCCUGCACACAGGGAUCUGGCCUUCUGCACCAGCACUAACACUACCGCACGCACCUCUGCAAGCAGGAACAUCUAUGAUAUGGAGCCCACAGUGAGUGUCCUGCAGGGACCCAAUGGCCUGGCGACUGGUUUCUCCCAGAACCCUUACGACCUUCCUCGAAACAGCCACAUCCCAAGCCACUACGACAUCCUACCCAUGCGCCACAGCCCCACACACACCCCGUCGCCCCCUGAGAGCCCCCCCAGCUCCCUGCUGUAGAGCCCAGACCUCAGCCUACCUCUACACUACAGCAAGCACCACCUGCUUCUGCAGGACCUCCUCCUGUCUAUCUUUUUAUCUUAUCUUAUCUUUCCAUCUUUUUCCCACAUACACAGAAUCACACAAAAUGGUAAUAGAUGCUAUAAAUUAGUUUGCUCACUGGUACGUGUGUGUGUGUGUGUGUGUGUGUAGGGGGGGGGGGCAACAGAUGGCUAAGAAAGGAUUCUACAGAGAACUGUAACGAUACUAGCAACUACUCACUUCUCUCCUGUCUUCAUUCAGUUCUCUGGAAGGUAAAAUGAUUUCAUUAAGAGGGCCAAACUGGGGACUGAGAAGAAAAGAACAAAGCUUAUAUUCUGUAUCUAUUUGCGUAUAUUGCACCAGACUACCAGACUUUCAGGGCACCUGGGUUGAGAAGUUUCUUUAAAAACAGUUGUUUUCAGUCGUUACAGGAACAUAGUCUCAGUGGUUCGGUGGUUAUUAGCUUAAACGGGGGAGAAGUUGAGCACAUCACACCUGUUCACUAAAGCAAUCAGGGACUGACCCUGGCCAUCUGAUCAGAGCCAAUCUACACCAUUACUGACAGGUGAAGUGUCACUGCUAACGUUGAUUAUUUAAAGAGGACUGACAAGAAAAAGCAUGGCUUAAUAGUAAAUGGUUUAAUAGUAAGACCCUGUAGCGUUAUUGUAUAAAGACAAUUACCAAAAUUAGUUUUUGAAACCCAUCAUUUUGUUUUUCAUAAUACUAAAAUCUAAGUAUAAUUCUUUAAACAUUUCAUGAAGUGUUUUAAAAGCUGCUGUGAUGGUGCACAUUUCCUUAUAAAAGAUUUAUGAGAAAAACAGCAGUUUGAUAUACACUGUACAAUAGGCUUUACCUCUACUAGUCUAUAUUAAACUGCUUUUUCAUCUAAACACAUUUAUGGAUGGUUAUAUAUCAAGUUUGCAGGUGUGAUGUCAUGUGAAUGUGUAAUCAAGACCACAUACUAUAAUGUUACCAUCUCUGUCUUUUCUUUUUUGAUAAAUAUACUGUAUAUGCUUUGUUAUUUUUGUUUACAUUCCAAAAAUGUCAGUGAUUGGAUCUUGAGAGAGCUUUUGUUUUUGUGUUAAUUUGUAACUUAUUUGAAAAAGUAGCAUUUUUGUUUUUCAUAAAAGGUGUAAAGUUUAUAUAGAAAACAAUCUAGCAUGAACAACUUAUAUCCAAUGAUGCUUAAUUCAUUUAUUGUGACUGUACCACUCAUGCACACUAGCGAUACACAAUGUAAGUUAUAUUUUGUGUCUAAGUAGAUGCAUUACAGUGGGCAGUGAUAACCUACAUAUCGUUUGGAGACAUUUACUGAAUCUUGUUUCAUAUGAAGUUCAGUUUGAUAUUCUGCUUGCUUGUUUUGUUUAAUGAUUUAAAUGUGGCCCCAUUCUCCCCACUAAAGCAAUAACCUGCAGACAAUCAAACAGGGACAAAAGUGCAGUUUAUCCACCUAUACACAGCAGGAAACUCUGCUUUAAGCCUGUGUGUAAAGCAAAACUGAUUUGAUCUGUGUGUCAUUUCAUGCAAAAUAAAGCUUACAGACUAUAGGUUUAAGUUAACAGUAGCCCCUUACAUCCAAGACAUGUUGUAAAUGAGCUACUUUUCUUUACCUGAGGGAUUUAAAGACAGCUGUGUAUUUUCAUGAUUAGAGACAUGACUACUUAAUAU